AUGGCAGCUCUUACACUGUCCUAUCAACCACAAAGUCCUAACGAGCUCGACGGGGACCGCAAAAAUGGUGCACAAAGGACGAAGAAACAGGAGUCGAAGAGCGCCAUUUCGGCUGUGGUGGCGCUUGUCGCCAUAUUAGAAAUCUGUAGAACUCGCAGGAUCGCCGAACGACUGAGUUCCUGUUUUAUCUCACAGGCGAGCAGAGCAUCCGAGGCGAGGAUGUGGACGACCCUGGUCCUCGUGAUGGUUGCCUGGGCUCCAGUCGCUCCUGAUUCCUUCAGGGGUGUGGAUCCGUCGGAAGUCCUGUUCGAAAACCUGGAAGCUGAGGAGUUGGACAUGCUUCUCGAUUCUACCAUCGAAAGCCUGCAGAGGGAUAUCAUCGCCAUUUACGAAGACCAGCUCCGCCUCCACCACCUGAAUGUGCGUAAUCUGCAGCGGCGCAGAAGAAGCACAGGAAGCCCUGAUAUUCCGUACCUCGGCGAAGGUUACUGGCACAGCUACUACUACGACCUGGACGUAAACAACAGAGAAACGUUGUCAGUCAAAAAUAUCACCGUCCAGAUUGACCCUGGCAGCCUGAACACAAGUGACGUCUUCGCUGUUAAUGUGCGGAACAUGCCCUAUAUUUAUCGGAGCGACUCGGGAAUGGGCUAUGUCAUCCGAGGCGAGAUAAUGGAGCCGCUUUACCUUACCAACAGCUGGACCAAAAGUCGGGCUGGAUGUCACUGCGACGUCGAUGGAUCUAUGGAAUGCGCUUGCUGCAGACCAGGUGGAUGUCAAUGCCGACAGUCGGAGGGCCAUUCGGGGACAGCUUGUGUAAAGUGCGGCGAGGAAUCGCAAAACCCCACGUGUAUCGAAGCUGAACCAGAGCAUUUAUUUGUCGACGCAGCUGUGGGCUUCGAGUAUUACAACUAUUACUUUGACCCAGAGGAAGGCCUGAUGGAGAAUGUCAUCAUAGCCCAUGGGAAUACCUUGUCGCUGUACAGAGUUGGCUUAGAUUCGUUGGAGAAGAUGAACGAAAUGAUAAGCUUGAGCUCCGUGAAGCUCGUCGAAAACGCCAAAGACUUGGGUUACGGCGAGGUAUACCUGGAUCACUACGGCCGCCACGAGAAGCUCCGAUUCCUCGUGGUCUUCUGCGACAAAAGCGAACUUCACAAAGUCUUUAUGAUCACCUUUCAUAACAUGGAGCCGUAUUUAGGUUUGUCUACGACCUGGAGCUCAGAAGGUACCGAGAUGCAGUCUUGGCAAAGUGGCACACGUUUUAUGCUGGGGGUCUUGAACGGAACUAGCCUACACAUUCACGAACUUGUGGCAACGGACAUGUACGAUCAAGCGAUACGUUACGUGCAAGAACUGAGCUUGCAAGAAGAGAUAAUAUCGUGGAAGAGUUACCGUACGGGUGCCUGGGACUACCUGUUGCUCGCCUCCCGCAACCUCGUCCGCGUCUACGUGCAGCUGGGGACUUACUAUGAGCCGCUGCAGGACCUGUUGCCGGCCGCCGGGAUGACCCACUUUGAAGGGAUCGUGCCCGUCAAUAUCCCGCAAUACCAGAGCAAGUUCUUACUGCUCGCCGGGUCCGGAAGCCAAACGGUCGCUUAUGCCUUCAAGGGCCCCCAGCACGCAAGAGGCGAAGUGUAUGCUGCUCUACGACAACAGUUAGACAUGGUAUUUGCCGGAGACUUGGGCGUGGCGAUCAAAGACUGGGAUAUGGGGAGCUUGUACUCACGGAAUUCUUCCAUGGUGAUAUUGCCAGGUGAGUCCGGCCUCGUCCGAGUGAGUCUUGACCUGAAUUUGGUUGAAGUUGUAGACCCUGUCAAGUUGCAGACACUCGAGAUGCAUCGAACCAUUACUGAAUUGGAGGACCUAUUCGAGAACCAGGUCUUCAUCGUGGGGACGGCAGAGGAGAGGCUGGCGCACUCGGUGGAGGGAAAGACCGAAAUCGCCGGCGAGAUCACCAUUCGCGAUGUAAACGUGGAUAUUAAACUCGAGACCUCAACAAUGAGCUCGACCACGAUCACCAUCCACCACCAAGACGCCAAUGAUACCGCAAAAGAGCAAAUGUAUGACAAUUACUUACAGGAGAUUGCUGACCUAGAAAACCGGUUGAUUAAUUUGGACUCGGAGCUGAGGACUAUGAACGACACUCUUGACGAUGCAGUAAGUAUCCACGGCAGCGAGCGUGUGGUGGAGGGUUCGAAGACGGUGGUACAAGGUGGGCUGUCAGCGGGCAUUCUGUUCGCCCAGCAAGCAACACUGCAGGACUCUGUAGACGUCUCUGGUGAACACUACCCACUCACUCAGACGCUGCUUAGUAUUGUCCGAGUAAACGAUUCACGCAAGAUUUCUGGCAAGAAAACCUUUACAUCGGGACUGAACAUCACUCAUCUCGACGCAGGCUUUCUAGAUGAUAUUUCCGUGAGUGAUAUUUUAACUACUUCCGGCUCACAGCAAGUGUCUGGCACAGUUACCAUGAACACCCUUAGAGCACAUACUGUCACCCUUCCUGAUGGUGGAACAGUUGGGGGCGUUGACCUGUCGGAAGAAUUGGUUCUUCUUGAUGGAGACGCCACAUUAGAUCAGUGCAUAUUCGGAAGCGGUGCUCUAGUGAGGGGAAAUGUAGAAGUGCUUUCGAGCAUAGUCAGCAAUAUGAAUGUCACACACCUGUUUGAAGAUUCCCUCCGUGUGUCUGGUGGCUCCGUAUCAGGCACCUUGCUCUUCAACGGAAACCUGUCUGUGGAACAUCUUGAAGCUGGAGCCAUAAUGGGAGUUAAUACUACAGAGUUCAUGUCAACAACUGUCUUCAUAAACAGACCAGCCACUUUGGAAGGAGUGCUUUCCGUGCCCUUGCAAGUGACUGUGGAGAAUGACAUGCUAAUUAGAGGCUUAGUAAAUGGAGAACCUUUCCCUGGUAAUGACUUCCUUUUGAGGACGACAAGCACGAGCCUGAAUUUCGGGUCCAAGAGUUUCCAUAAUGUGAGCUUUGGAACAGUAAGUCUGUUACCAGGAGCAAAGGUAGAUGGUUUGGACACGAGUAGUCUGGUCACUCUUGACACUCCCCAGAAUAUUACAGGGAGGAAGGUCUUCACGCAAGGAAUAGAAGUUCUAGGAGACCUAGAUAUUGACAUGAAACGAAUAGAUGGAGUGAAUCUAGACAACCUGAAUGCAAGUCUCUCCAACUCAUCGCAUCUGGAAGACCUAAUGAUAGACUUGGUGUUUGAACAGCCAGUCCAAGUCCCAGCACUGUCUUACAGUGGUAACUUAAAUGGGCUUGACUUGCUCGAGAUUGCGGAUGAUAUUGUGUAUGAUGAUGAACCUUUGGCUGUCUUGUCAGGCUUAAAGUUGUUCACUGGAGGAGAGCUGGAAAUUACAAGUGCUGACUUCGAAAGCACUUUUAACGGCCACAGAUUUGAAGAUAUUGUGACGACCAGUAGCACCAGUACAAUUACAGGGAAAACAACCUUUGAAGAUCAUGUUAUAUUUAAUUCGAUACAAGUGAAUGGUACAGUAGAUGGCGUCAACUUGGAUCACUUUGUAAACUCGUCACUGUACUUGGACAAAUCAAAACAGUUGGUUACAGGAAAGAAAACAUUCAAAGAUCUAUUAUUUGCUGAAGACUUAAAUGUGACCGGAAUAGUGUCUGGUAUUGAUUUUACAAGGGUCUUUACCAAGACGGGCAAUCAAACAUUUACUGCCCCUCAGUCAUUCAGCUAUGCCAAUUUCAGUGAUGUUGAAACCCACCAGAUAGACCUGUCAGAAGGUUUCACAGUGAAUGGUAUUGAUAUCUCUAAACUGAAUGACAUUCGUGUAAGUCUGAAGAACCACACUGAGCAUUUUGGUGAAUUGAUCAUCAACAAUACCGUUUCAGUUUUGAACUCUUUCGUGGCAGACACGAUAAACGGUUACAAUAUCUGGAGACUUAAGGAGGAUAUUGUUACUGACAUUGGUUCCUCAGAAAUAUUUUCAGAUCUGAUUUUCAAUGAUUUGCACAUAUUGGGACCUGUUACAACUGAAGGUAAAGUUGGUGCCAGUGGUCUAAACAUCAGUAAGAUUGAUAGAAAUGCCGUUAGUCUUGCUUCCAAUAACACAAUGACUGGCAGUGCAACAUGGUCUGAUAUAGACCUACGAGGUGACAUAACUGUGGAAGGACUUGUUAACACUCUGAAUCUACAAGUGCUAAGUGAAAACACUGUCUUUAAAUAUGUAAACACUUCUCAAAAUAUCACAGACACGAAGACCUUUAAGAAUGGGUUUCAUGUAAAAGGCAAUAUCAACACAGAAACGACCAAUGGUGUAGAUCUGCGGACGAAACUUCUUACUCUCCACACAGACCAAAACAUCACGGCUGAUUACAUCUUUCAUAACUUGGAAGCCAAAAAGAAUUUAACUCUUGAGAAUUUCAAUGGAAUCCAACUGGACGACAUAGCAGCCAUAGCUCUGAAAAAUCUCGGUAACCACAGUUUCGUGAAUAUAAAUUUCCACGAGGAAGUAAAUGUAAGCCACCUCGAUCUGAGAGGUACUGUCAACUCUUUAAACGUGGAUGAAGUGUUGGACGAUGCAGUGUCAUUGCAAGACCUCAGCGUAGACAUAGUGGGAAAGAAGAACUUCACGUCAAACACGACCUUCAGCACCAUCAACUUGACUAAACUCAAUGACAGAACAUUUGACGACUUUUUGAGUCAUUCGAUACUUAGGUCAAGUCCAAGCGCCAACUUUACUUCUGACAUCACUGUUAAUGGUACUAUGACCACGACUUCGCUCGUCUCCUCUUCUGUAGCUGUUCAGGGUACAAUUGAUGGAGUCGAUCACAAAAAUUUACUGGAAAAUGCCGUUUAUGUUAACCAAGACUACCAUUUCAACAAGUCCAUCUUGUUCUCUGGAAAUAUAUCCUCCUUCGGUGACAUCAACGUGAACUCCCUGAAUGAAGCAGACCUCAUGACGGAUUACCUGCUCGUUUCACGGAGCCAGAACUUCACGAGGGAAGUGACGAUGAACAACAUUAUCACGUCAAACGUCUCCGUAGGAGGGAAGGUUAACGGGUAUUACUUGCCUGACGAAGUACGGACUACUAUGAAGCAAAUUCCAGGGCAGACAGUGACAGGAUCCAUGAUUAUAACGACCCCUGUGGAGGUCCUGAACCAGGUUCAUGUUACAGGACUGACUGGAAACGAUGAAGAUUGGGUUGACUUGUCUGAGCAAGUUAUCUACCUCAAUGAGAGCGCCGAAAUCCAAGGCUCUUUAACCUUCAGCAAGCCACUUAGGGCAGCCAACGUGACCAGUACCAGCAGUGUGUUGAGCGGGGUGGACGUCGAGGAACUGUUUGCCAAGGCGUGGUACGUCGACGCCCCCGCUCUCAUCACUGCUGAUCUGAGCUUCAUGGCACCUGUUCAGCUCUUGGAUGGGCUCGUCUGCAAAGUCGAACACACAACCGAAGGAAUAUGCAAGCUUCUGAAUGACACCGAGGCCGCAAUCUCAAGAUUCAACGCAUUGCAGAAUAUGAGGAAGACGGACUUCGCCGAGCAGUGUCCCUCGGCGACGCAGAUGUUCGCCAAGCUCGAGGAUUCGAUCUUCGAGGGCGACCACUUCGUCUCUGUUCGCGAGGCCUCGACGCCCUUCGCCCACCACGCCUCGACGUCCUUUACUAUCUCCGGCACGACUUACGUCAUCAUGAGUUGGGAAGGACGAUGCGAUUCGACACUUUUCGAGUUCAAUUCCACUUCGGGCGCUCUCGAACCCCGUCAGACGCUGCACGAGUCGGGUUACGGACAUGAUUGGCUAUUUAUUGAAACCCUUGACCAGGCAUUCGUGGUCAUGUCAGCAUCCGAUGAAAACAACAGUUGUAGUCAACGCAGCACGGUCGUCUUCGAAAUGAUAGAUGGCCAGCUUGUCACUUACCAAGAGCUACACGCAGGAGACAGGCUCACAAAAACGCACGAGAAGAACGGCGACUUGAAACUGAGCCUUUAUUCAGCCGCAAGAACUUGGGUUUAUCUUUUCAACUCGACAACUCGCCUCUUCGAAGAGAUUGAUUCCGUGGACCGGCAAUUUGACGUAGCGACGAGCCUGACGACGCAGGACGGCGUCUCGGUCCUGUUCCGGAGCGCGGGCGGCCUCGGGUCCAUCCAAGUGGAGGGCUUCGUCGAGCAGGUGGCGGCUGUGGAUGUGGCGCGGGUGGAGGACGCGGCGUUGGUGGAGCAACAUGGCCAUGUGUUCCUGGUGGCGGCUGUGACGCAGUCCCUCACCACAGGGGACACGCACCACGUCGAGCUCUACUCCGUGGACAUCGUCAAGGGUGAGGUGGCAUGGCGUGACUCGGCCCAGCUCUCCACGUCCGCCUCGGUGACAGCCUUCCAUGCCGGCAGCGAAUCUUCCGGGUCUGCUGUGGUCCUGGCUGUUCAGGAGGAUAGGUUCCCCGCUGUCUUCACUAUAUUGGGCGAGAAACUACGCCAGACGACGGAGCUGAGCACACCUCGAGUGCGCUGGUCGCUCUACAUAAACGUUCCGGGUCAACCGUUCCCCGCCGUUCCGAGGCAUUACGUUCUCCUGGGCCAAGAAGGCAACGGGACUGUCUUGGCGCGCCUCGAGAUGCUGGGCAGGGCGGUUCCCAAGCAUGACCUGACUUGCGACCUGAGCUCUUUCACGGACCUGGAGAGCUUUUCGAACUUGGACAAGAUCAGAAGCUUGUAAAGAGCAUCUGAGGAAGUUUGUUACUUGACAAUGGCAUUUAUUAUUUUGCUACUGUAAUAGGAAAGCGAUUUGUUAUAAUUGUUAUGUGUGUGUGUAUUUAUUUUGUUACUGUAAUCAAAAGUUUAUUCAUUUACCAGAGACAGGAGUCCGAAUGUAAUUUUAGUGUCUAGAUAUAGAUUGUACUUGAUCUGAAAAUUAUUGUUGAUGCUGUAAAGAUUUUAUUUUUGGUAAAUGUACAUUUUAAUCGAAACGGCAUUUAAAAAAAAUACCCUUUU